AUGGAAGAGUUCCUCGGAAUCAAAUAUGAGUUUGUAGAUUCGGAGAACUUUGAAGAAUAUUUAAUAUUUAUUGGAGUGGGAUAUAUAGCGAGGAAAGCCGCACUGACACUUCAUCCCACCCACUGUCUGACACUCAACGAGAACGGCACCUACACAUUUAGCUUAAAUUCGAGGCUGGUCAAUUCCUCUGUCACAUUCCGUCCGGGCGUCGAGUUCGAUGAAGUUAAACCUGACGGAGUUAAGGUAAAAAGCGUAAUAACAAUAGAAGACAAUAAAAUGAUACACAUACAGAAAGAAGAAAACGGGAGAACCUCGAGGCACGUCCGUGAAUUCUUUCCAGACAAAAUGAUAUCAACCACAACCGCUGAAGGGCUCGAUAAAGUAGUGAAAAGAUACUUCAAAGCAGUUCGGUGA